UGUGAAGCUUCUGGGAAACCACUGCCGGAUGUAGCAUGGAUUAGAAAUGGAGAACUGGAAAGUUCAGGGAAGAAAGCUACGUUUUUAAGGUUCGAUAAUAUAGACAGAACGGAUGCAGGACAAUAUACAUGUCGAGCCAAUAACUCAGUGGAAGUCACCUCUAUUAACACAACAAUUGUAGUUCACUGUAAGUAUAUUUUAACCUUAAUUUUGUAUUUCUGAAUUUACUUUAUUUUCAGUGCAACUCCUGUUAUUUGGUUCAGUUACCCAAAACUGACGAAUCUGUUCAAAAGUGUAAGGCAACAGAAUCCCAUCUCAAAUCCUUUUCGGCUUUGUGUGCAUCAGUCUCAAGUACUGGUUGGGACAAUUGAAUAUAGGUGGAAUCAUUUUUCACAUUCUUUUGCUUUGGAGGGCGUGACAAGUCAUUGCUUCAGUUGGACUGUGUGUAACUCAGAAAAUGGCUUAAAGCCAUUUGUGAGUCUUUGUGACAACCCAAAUUCACUCCGUUUGACUAGUGCACAAGGCUCGCACAUAUUCUGAUUCUGUGUGAGGGCUCUAGUUGAGGCUUAAUGGAAAUCCGAGAAUUGGUCAAGAUCCUCACUGUCAGCUGAGAAAUUACACUUUUUUUUACUGAUAGCUGAGGUCAGGUGGUAGAUGUGAAAACGGGCUGAAAUUAAACAUACAUGCCUAAGGUUUGUGCACAUAUUUGCAUGUGUGGCGCUCGAAGAGAUAUACUAUUUGAGAGCGAGAUAUCCAUUUUAUAUUUCAUUAUUCGUAGGCCUUGCCACCUUAUACUGAAUACUCGACUGCCAAAUAACACAAAAGUGACGGACUGUACUAUGUGCGAUGUCUAAAUAAAAGAUUUUUGAGUGAGAUUAUCGCUUUUUCGCCGCUUCUUUAUCAGUAAUGGAUUAGGGUAAUGCUGAUACAAGGGAAGAGUAAGUUUUUGUUUGGAAAACCAUUUAAUAUGUGGUAAAAUCUACCGAUUAACUUGUCUCCAUGCGCAAGGGUUAUUGUGAAUUUGACAUCGUGUAAUGGUCUCGAAAUUUAGAAAAACUAAACAUAUAAAUCGCCGAGGAAUAACUCAACCAAACCGUGUCAGUUUUUUUUCCCGUGAUUUUGAUUUUCUUGACAGGAACCUUUAGGGAGUUCAAGAAGUGAAAUUGCAGCCCAAAGAUCUUUGGAUUUUUCUCAAACAAACUAUCACUUAAAUUGGGGAUUUCCUUAUGGUUUAAUUCAUCGCUUAUUUUAUCCUUUCGGUGAGCAUCAGCUCGGUAAAAUAAAUUUCCAUCACCGCUGACAACGACUUCUCUCCUUUGAAGAAUUAUAUUUUCAAACACAACUGAAAAGACUUAAAAGAAUUAUUUCCCAGCGAUUUCUGGGUAAUUUUGAAAUACUUUGAGACCAUUACGAGAUGACGAUUUCACAAUAGACCUUGCGCAAGUUUUUCGGUAUUUUUUAUAACAUAUUUCGUGCUAAUUCCAGCAAAAACUUUAACUUUCAAGGUAACAACAUUAUCUUUAUCCAUAUAUGAUAAAACUACUGCGAAAAAUUCAUAAUCUCUUGCCAAAAUCGCUUUUUUUGGACGUCCAAACAACCUUUCGCCAUACGUUCCUUCAUCGCGAGUUACAAUGUUUGCCCCGUGGCGAUCCCAGAAAUCUGUGCGCGAACGCAAGGAUCCGAUUACUGGAAACUAUUCGUUGUUUCCGUGUUUGCAUAUGCGCAAGCAUUCGACCUCUGUUGUUAGGAGCAGAUAAAAAGCAAGCAUGAACGUUAUGCUAAUCUCUAGAUUUUGAACUCACCCAUCAAAAUUACACCAGACAUGCUUUCUUGGAAUAUACCACAUAUAUAAAACAUUUCCUGUAAGAAAAAAAACAAGCAAACAAAAACAACGUAAAUAUCCAGAGAUGCCGUUUCGCCCAAGCCAAUUGCAAGAAAUCGCAGCGUAAGGGUUUGUUGCUCCCACCGAUCACAUUUUGGCUUUAGGGUUGCACUUGUGCAAGUACAAAUCUAUCGUUACUGAUGCUCUGUGACAACCUCUUUAACAAACCAUAUUCAAUAUCUGCCUCUUUACAAGAGAAAGUGAGUGAAAACAGUAAUUUCCACUACCGCCUCUUGAUUUUUGUAAAGAGAUAUCAGACCUGCUUCUAUUUUCAAGUCCAGGAAUGGUCUUAUAUCUAUCGAUGUAAGGGAAUACAUGUACUUGCAUACUUUGAGCCAUGUCAUCCUACACGUAAAUUUGACAUUAAUGAUGAUAACUUAAUCUACGGACAUCAUCAAGAUUAUUAUAGGAAAUCGUAUUUCAUUAGAAAUGCUGAACUUUGGAACUUGUUACUAUCUAGUUUAAAAACAAUGCACUAUUUUUCCUCUGUUAAAGCCAGCCUAAACAAUAUUUAUCUCUCAAAACGAGAAACUCAUAAUCCUCCUGGCUGCUAUUGAUAUAUGUUUUUAGGUCAAUGGCUGGGUGAUUAUAGAGAUGCAUGCACUCUGAUUGGUAGAGGAGUGCGUCAUAUCUCGCUUUAAUCACCUUGGGUGAGGUAAUUAUAGCAGGAGCGCCAAAUUUUAAAAUGGCUUCCUUACAUUUUGUUAAUGUCACGCUGCAAGGGACAAAUGGGAAAGGAGAAAAUUAAAUUAGUAAGAGUGGGAAAGAUGCUAAUAAGGUUGGCCUAACACUAUCCAAAAGAAAGAUAUGAAGCUUUUGCUGAUGGAGUGAAGUGAAUCUGUUAAAUUCGAGUGGAAACUGGCUUAUCUUUAUACAAGUAAUCCAUACUAUUGUAACAGAAUUUACAAAACACAUUUACAACAUGUCUAUUUAUUUCCUUAGUGUAUGUUAGUGAUAUAGGGGGUUAGAUAGCAAUUGGAACGGCAGUUCUGUUUCUUUCUCCUUUUGCAGCCCGAGAACUUUCGUUCCAAUUGUUAUUCAACCCCUACAUCACUAUAUAUAUAUAUAUUUAUUAUUAUACGGCUUAGGCAUGUGGCCAUUAUAAUGGUGCUCUGAUUGGCUAAGAACAACAUCAGAGCAAGGUAUUAUACAGCGGUAAUGCCCACUGGCUGAAUGUGUAAAUUAGAGCACAUAUUUAGUCCGGAAGCCAGGACCCCAUAAAUAGGGUCUCAUACAAUGAUCGGGUCAGAAGAGGUUUGUAGAGAGCAACCGACAGGAAAUCGCACAGGUUUACUAAGUGUCAAAAAUUUAGCAUUCAUAUUCAAGAAUUGAUCUAAAGUGAAAGUUUAAACGUACAUCAAACACAACGAAUGUCGAUUGCUACAACUUCAAAUUGCAGGCAACAAAACUAGAACUCAACGGUUAAAUAAAACUUGCUGAACUAAAUAAUUCGAGCCAUACCUUGUUUUUUGGAUUGACAAUAUAAUUUCCCUAUUGUCUUGGUACUGGAGAGGCAGGACCUCUGAUUUUCACUUCGAGGCCGAUGGAUGUUCCCCUUCGCCAACGCACACCUCCUUUUAUGAAGUCGUUCAGUAUUGCUCAAAGACCACGUGGACUUGCAGCCAGUCGUUCGAAAAGAGGGGGGCACUGAAGAUUUUCGUUUUGACGAAUUUGCAUGUCGUUGAAAACAGAGACUAAAGGUUGCCCUUCCUAGAAAUAAAAGUUAUGAGCUGUUUUGUCUUAGUAUUCAAGCCUAUGUUGCUUAAUCUGGCAACUAGUGUAAACAGGUGUUUAUUAAUUUCCGGAUUUUUCUUUAUUUUUGGAGUGAAAUUUCACGAUUACUUGUCUUGAAGUCCUUAAAUUACGAUUAUUUAUCGCAAAUGGCAUCUCUUCCGAUUAAUAGUCUCAAGGCAUCUUCUAUCACCAUUAAUGACUUACAGUGAACUUCAUUUCUGUCUAAAAGGGUGUUUACCAACUAUGUUUUCUUUGUUUUCCGCGCUUCCACGAAGUAUAGUGUGGGCUUACGAUGUCGUGAGAGAGGUGAGUAGCACUUCUUCUCAGUGAGAAUGAACACAAAUAUACGUACAUUAAUUUCGGACAGGUUUCAAUUAAAUUAAGGUUUAACCAAAAAAAAAUUAAAACAAACAGCCAAAUAGGGCAAUGUACGACAAAUUCUUCCCAAUAACAGCUUCUUGUGAAGGUGGACGUUUGUUUACGAGCAAGCAACAGAUGAAACCGGCGGCGGUGAAGGAUGCCAAAGAUGGAACAUGAUAAAAUUAUUUUAUUCUUGGGUAAUUUGCAUUCCCCUGUACUUGCAGUCUUGGCCAUGCAGAAUUGAAAUUUUCCACGCUCAAUCUUUUAAAAAAAGAGCAAUGUUCCAUUGAUAUCCUUACCCCGAAGCUUUUUGGUAAUACGUAAUCCUAAAGAAAGAUGCGUUGCAUUUACAUCAGCGAAGGAGAGAACAACAUUCGAGUCGCGACUAAAUUUCUCCAUGCUGCCAGACUUUCCAAAACUAGUGUGUUUUCGAAAUUGUUUCUUCAAGAGCAAUAGGGAAAAUGAUCUAUCCAAAUGGAAAAACCAUUUUCGAUUUUUUUAUUGAGACGUUUUUGUGACUACUACGCGUGAGCAAAGUAGUGAGUAUUGAGUUUCCCGAAAGUGAGUAAGUAACAAUAGAAUAUACUUCGGAGCCAAUCCGCACACAAAGACAACCAAAGUUCGGACUUUGCGAAAAGUACCAUGUUUUGCCGAUAGUUCGACACACCGGAAGUCGAAUCAUGCGUUAACAUACCGGAAGUGGAGGGUGGUAAGCAAUGUGUGAAAAUGAGUAGCAUGAAAAGAGAAGAUGACAACAUGAACCUUCCACGUUCUAAAAGCGUGAAACGGCCGGAUUUCCAUUUUCAGAAUAUCAUAAAUAUUUUAAUGAGCCUUCUUCCUUCCUAAAGCAUUAAACAGAGGCAUUAAAUGUUGACGAAUCGACACGAUUCGUACAGGUGGACACGACUCGUCAUUAGCAAAAUAGAUCCGUCUCACCGGAAGUCGAUUCGCAAAAGAAGACAAUACAUACUUAAGCGUUAAUUGGGGUAUUCAAUAUAGACGAAUCGACUCGAGUCACACGGGUCGACUCGACUCGUCAUUAGUAAAGUCGUCUCGGAAAUCGACUUCCGGUAUGACAGGUCGACAUCAACUGUGACGAGUCGUUCGAUUCGAGUCGAAUCGAGUCGUUUCGAUAACGUCUCUAGCCUCCCUUCGUAGUUACUCGCGGAAUAUUUUCUAAGUUGUCUAGCAAAUCGACUUCCGGUGUGACGAGUCGACAUCAACUGAGACUAGUCGUUCGAUUCGACAACAUUCUCAACGACCUUUGGUAGUUACUUGCAGAAUAUUUCCUAAGUACCUUGCAAAUCGACUUCCGGUGUGACAGGUCGACUUUAACUGAGACGAGUCGGUCGAAUCGAGUCGAUUCGACAACAUCUUCAACCCCCAUUUAGUAGCUACUUGCGGAAUAUUUUUUAAGUGUCUUGCAAAUCGACUUCUGGUAAGGAAGGUCAACUUUGACUGAAACGAGUCAUUUUAUUCGACAACGUUUUCAAUAAUCCUUGACAGUUACUUGCGAAAUAUUUUCUAAGUGUCUUGCAAAUCGACUUCGGGUAUGCGUUUCAAUCUAAUGAGAGAUGGUUUAUCAGAUUUCCGGUAUAACUGGACGCAUUAACCGCGAAUCGACUUCCGGUAAAACGAUUCGCCAACUGCCUUUGACGAAUCAUAGCGGUUUGAGUGUGUUGGACAACCCUCCUCUUGGUCGUACGGUCAAAUUUUUCCGACUUGAUGGGUUACUGUUGCAAUCAUUAUUUUUCCAAUAAGUUUAGUCUACGCUGCGUGCUCUCCGCGCUCCGCUAUUGAAUCAGUGCAAGUCCCAUUGAUUCAUGAAAUUAUAAAAAAAUACCUCACGUUUUAACUUUUUGUGAAGGAUUAAAAUUAAUUACAAACGGUUUUUAGGCCGCAAGUCAACCCAUUUAAUGACGCAAUUAUUCUACCAAAAAUUCAUUUCUGAACCAAUAUUUUUCUGGCAUUUAAAAAGAUUUCAGUGAGAGAGAGAGAAGAGAGAGUAUUAAAAAGUUCUUUAUCGGCUUCAGGUCUUGAUUCACGUCUUUGCUUAAAAAUAAUGCCCAGCUAGCUUAACGAAAUUUUUUAAAAGGAAUGGUAACGAAGGUACGGAUGACUCUGUAUCUCACGAUAGGUGUUGCUAUGCCCGUAGGCAGAGAUAGGAAAAUACGGACCGCGCUAAGGAACCAUCAGAUUGCAGGAUUCGUUAGCGUGCCCUCUAAAAAAAAAAUAAGUACACCUCAUUCUGGUUGCGAAGUAUUUUUUUUUCGCGCCCUGAAGAGGUGAGAGAAAAUAUGAGCAAUCAGCAAAAUUUCCGCUCGUAUCAGAAGUUAAACUCUCGAUUAAUGGAUUUAUUAUUCCACUAUUAUUUUCAGUUAUCAGUGUUUUAAUUUUAGUAUGCGAUUUACGUCCUAUGGCCUUAUCUGUGUAUCGUAUCGGUCGUAUAAGAUGUUCUUUCUUCCUUAAAAGUUCGCUUCUUAAACAGACAAAUUAUGAAAAUAAUUAAACAAAAAAAUGAAAGUUUGGAUCGUUCAGGGCUAUGUUGCUACGUAUUUUUGGCUUGUUCUAAAGUGUAAUACUAUGGCAUAUUUUGGUAAAAUGACACAGCAGUGAAAUGAUAAAGGUCAUUACUGUUCUGACCGAUAUGAGUUAUCACAAAUUAUUUAUUCAAUUGCUUAUUGCAUUAACAUUUAUUCUUAGAUCCGCCCACAAUUCGAAAUGUCACCACGUCAUCUAAGAAGUCUUGGAUUGGCCAGACUGUGACUUUGAAGUGUCUUUCUGAUGGCGUUCCUUCACCAACACUCUCUUGGUACAAACCUGAAGGAAGUGAAAUAAACAGAGUCAGAGCCAGAGAAAUCAAAAUACAAGUGCCACUCAGGGGUGAUCAAGAUUUUGGUCAUUACAAGUGCACUGCUGCUAAUGGACUUACGCCAUCUGAUAAGAAAUUAAUAAAGAUAAAUCAGAUAAGUAAGUCAAUGAGAUCAAUGUAUUUUCAUUAAAAAGAAAUCUAUAUGUGAGGUCAGCAUUUUCUUUUGCCUUUGCUCAUUAUCACUGUUUCAGUUGCAGUAGAAGUAAAAGCCAAAUUUUCUUACAAAGUAUUGGACAGAGUAACUCAUUCACUUUGUACAUCUCAUUCGAUAGUUUAACAUUUGAUGUGUGCAGAUAUUUUAUAAUAUAUAGUAUAUGUAAUCACAUGAGGCCAAGUACUAUUAAGGAUUAAUUGCACGAGAGUUUUCAAAAUUUUCCAAAAUUGCCCGAGUCGCGAAGCGACGAGGGCAAUUUGGAAAAUUUUGAAAACUCAAGUGCAAUUAAUCCUUAAUAGUACGAGGUCUCAUGGGAUUACUUGUUUAUCAAUAAAGGGCAAAAUUUAUACGAAGGAAAAUCACGUGCGCAGUCUAUUUUUAUCUGGCAAGCCUGUUUAGCGCUACGGCAAAUCAUCAAUCAAAUUGAACUGACCAAUCGAUUCAAUGAAAUUUUAUUCUCCAAAACUGUGUCGUGAUACACUGCCAAAAGUCUAGAAAACAAAGCUCAUUUCAACAGAGCGUUUCUGCCAACAGAAAAACAACAAAUUCCUUUUAACUGAACAAGGUAAUCAUGCCCUCUCUUGAUUACUAAAAAUGCCCUCGAUUAAGAAAAAAUGCCCUCGAUUAAGAAAAAAUGCCCUCUCUCUCAACCAAUCAGCGCUCAGUAAUUUUGCCCUUUAUUGAUAAAGAGAUUUAUCAUUCUACCAUUCUUUCAUUUACUAACAAUUUCGCCAUCUGAGCGCUCCAUUCACAAAUUUUUUCCCUCUUUAGCAUCAUUAGACCUUCACAUAUUUUUCGCCUUUGUACCUUAGUGAGGUAUAACAGAAUAUUACGGAAAUUAUGCCGAAUUAAGUAAACUGUCGACACCUUGCCCUUUGGUAGCAUUAAACUCGUUAUAAAAGAGCAUUGAACUUCAGGAAGAUUGAUGACAUCAUCACAUGCGAGUAUCCAUAGGAAACUUCCUCAACCAUGGACUAUCGAUUGUUCCUAUUUUUAUUAGGCUCUUAGCUGAAUUUAUCCGGUAGCUACAUUUAUAUUCAUUAAUUACAGGUUAACGCACUCAGCGAGUGAACUAUGGGGAUUUACCUGCACGAGUUGAUUGUUUGUGAACGAGUACAAGUAAAUCCUGAUAAUUCAGGAGCCAUGAGUGCGUUACCAUUGUUAUUGUUCAAAUUGAAUACGCUCCUCAAAGAAACACUGUAUUCAAACCACUAUGGUGUGUUGAAUUUACACCUCGGCUAUUACACCUCUAUAACGACAUCAAGGAGGUUGUUUCGUCACAACACAGUAUCAUGUAAAUCAUCUAAUCAGAAAAUCGGAAUUCGAACAGUAUAUGCCGGAAAGUUGAAUAAUAAACUGUGAGAAGACAUGGACUUGCAUUCAUCCUUAGUGUGGUGACAAAACUCAAAAUGAUCUCUUUUCUUAUGGCACUAUGUAGAAAAACCAGGGAAAGCAUCCAUCAAAUCAGAAUCAGUCAUUCAAGCAACUUCUAUAACAAUACGAUGGACUGCACCAGCUGAUGAUGGAGGAAGUCCGAUUACAGGAUUCCUAAUGAUCUUACAAAAGGAUGAAACUGAGAUACAAAAGGUUAAUAUCACCGAUCCUGGGACGACAACUUAUUCGUUUCCUGGUUUGCAGAAAGAUACCAACUACACAGUGAAACUGUUUUCCAGAAAUUUUGUAUUCGAGGGAGAUCCUACUGUAUGGAACAUUAAGACCAAGUUUGAAGGUGAGGAAUCAGAAGUGAUAUCGUGACUGAGCACUUUGCAUCAAUCAUUUUUCGCUAACUUAGAUAUGUUGUGAGUAGCCCAGUUUUAACAAUGUUAUCUGCUUGCCGCAUUAUAAGAUUUUCGAUUUUCAGCUUUUGUCCCCUCCUUAAUGGCCAGUUUCCUUUCCCUUUGUGAUAAGUGUUUUAGAGGCACCUACGUUUGAAGAAGCAUAAUAAUAAAAAAAGAAAAAAUAAUGAACGUAGGUGAGAACAAUAGACAACCUACGCUGUUAUGUUCCGUAAGUGCUACCUGAUUUAUCAAGUAUUGUUUGCCUUGUCGUUUUUUUUUAUUUUAUUUUUUUUAUUUUCUAAUGUUCAGGUCUCAAAAUCUGUUAUGAAUCAGCAACAACAGCCGCUAGAUAGUGACCUUUAGGUUAGUUGGAUACAUUUUUCCUAAACUCGUACCGGCCAUAUUCAGAACGCCCAAUAACCAACUAUCCCUUUAGGCAGUGAGACAAUUUCCACACAUCGUUUGACCAAAGAAUUGAAGUUUGAAGAAAUGGGCCUUGCAUGAAAAUCGCUUUUAACAUGCAAAUAUUAUGGGGAAAUCUCGUCAAACAGUGUGUGGACGGCCUCGAAGAAUCCUCGGUUUUUUUCUUUUUUUAAGAUGAGAAAUAGCUUGUUUUCAUUUCGCAAGGAUAAGCUUAAACCAAAACAGUUAAGGUUGCCGUUUUCAAGAAAGUUUCUUUCGAAUCUCAUCCGGCACAUAUCUCACUCAACAAAAAAAGUAUUGUGGUAACAGGUGUGCAUUUAGUAACUGAAGUUGAGCAGCCGUAACAUGGCAAUGAAGUUCGUCGCAUCUGUUAUCCCUUAAGCGCUUCUUGUCAUUGCCUCCUCGACUGGCAACCUCCCUGGAGAAAAAAGCGGAGCAUGCGCACUCAUUUUCCCGUUGUGUCAUUGCAGAGUGCCUGUACUAAGUCAUGCGCGAUGUCAAACUUUGAAAAGCAGAAUAUAGUUGUACACGAACUGAGAUCCUUUCUGUAAUUACGGGACACAAACGAAUAGGGAAUUGCGACGUCAUCUAUGCAUCGGUCUUUUAUUUGAUCUCGUGUAAAUAGCAAUGAAAUACCAGUAGAAGUCAGUGUGUCGUUACAAUUUACCUUGUAAAUGCAGUAUUUGUUUUAGGCAAUAACCGAUCAUCAUUUUAGGCUUCUCAUUAUCGCUUCAUCUCAAUACUUAACUUAAUUUUGCUUGCCAUACACUUCCGUUUCAAAAACAUCCCAAAUAAAUCCUCGACCAAUUUACAGAUUAUUUAAUCACUGAUAAUGGUGUGACCAGGUUUGUAAGAAGAAGUUGUAUAAUUAUGGGAAAUUUCACGCUGUUCGUGUUGUUAACAUCAAUCUAGGAGCCCCAGAUGUGGUCGAAAUAGACGAACUGCCAGAUGAAACAACAGAUGAUACAAUUACCCUGGAGUGGAAGAAGCCAGAAAGUAAUGGAAAAGUUAUUAUCAUGUAUACAGUGUACCAAAGAGUAGUAACUGAUGGAAAAGUGGGACAGUGGACAAUAAUAAAGGAAAUCAGCGAUGUUUCUGUGAGAGAAUUGAAAAUAGCAUUGGAGAGAGGAAAGGUGUAUCAGUUUGCCGUUACUGCCACUAAUGAGCUUGGUGAAAGCCCGAAACAAGAGAAAGCAAAUAUCCAGCAAGUCAAGGCAGAAGGAAGUAUGUUCAAAUGAAUCUUAUUUUCUCCUUUCAACGGUUUAUCCUUUUCUUUUCUUAGUUUUCAAACACUCUCCGUGUCAUCAACAUCGAGGUUUUCACGGGUGAGUUCUUCGCUUGCAAGAACCUGAAUCAACGAGAAAAAUUAAACUUACGUCGCAGUUGAUAUUUGUAUGCCAACUGCAAAUAUAUGGCAUAUCUAUUAACUGAGAUUUCAAUCAUUGACUGGCGUACACAGAUAUUUUAAGUAGUUUACUGACACAUGCUCACCUGAACCCUGGAAAGAGAACUCUGCAACACUUUUGUUUUGUCCUCUCACAUUUAAAUUGAGUGCUUUUUUCUUUCCUUUGCCGCCAUCAGUUAGUUGAUGCCUCUCUCCCGCAAAAAAAUUUCACACUUCCACACUGAAUUCCGAGAACUCUUCUGUCAUUUUCACCACCACUGCACUUUACUCUUCAUACCGAUGAAAGCGACUUCGCACUUAGCUUCCUCUGCGCACCGUAAUUUCGACACCAGAUUACUGAACCACAGAACUCAGAAGUGGCCUAUUGUCGGCGAUUUCGCUUCAGCUUAAUUAACAAUGUAUGAUUACGCUGCCUCACGCAGAGAGGUUGUCAAUCUUUUCAGAGGUUUUUUUCGGUGAAGCUAAAGAGCGUGACACAAACUUCCUGUCUCAAGGUCAUGAAGGGGUCUUCAUUUUCUUAGGUCUUAGGUCUUAGUUUUCGGGGAUCUUCGUUUUCGCUACAAGCGUAGUUCGCUUUCUCUUUGUUGUUGACCUCUUUUCAGUCUGUUUUCUGGAGCUCUUUCAACUUUCUCACGUUGGUCUUAACUAGAUAUUCGCCAUUUUACUUCAGCCUUUUCUUGUUCUCUAUUUCUUCUCCUCGCUGUGUUCUGCCUAUUCUUCGCCCUAUCAAACCCCAUUUCGCGUUUUUCUCGACUCGCUCCACGUCUUUUCAGUUCUUUCUCUCUUUGGUCUCUCUUUCUCUCUCUAUUUCCAGUCUAUUUUCACUCGAGAUCCUUUCUCCAUGAACUUGAAUUGUCGUAAUUUCUUCCGUUUGGAAAAGAUUUGGCUCUGAGUAUCGUUGCCUUGCAAGUUCAAUAGAGAUUCCAAAAUACCAAGAAUCACUUUUCAACAACAACCUCACCAGUAUGAUUUCCCGCUCAAAACACGGGUUGCAAAUUCUUUCCUUGCGCUGCUUCACAUCCUCUGACCCACAUGAAGCCUUUCUAGUUUUCUACAAACAUCUUUGAAGUCGAAUCUAAAGUCUCUUGUCGUUAUCAAGUUUGAGAUGAGAUAUUCUAGUUCUAGCUUGUCUUCGUUUAAAUCAAACUUUAGCAGCGCAUGAAACAGAUACAAGACAAAUUUCAUAUUUCAGCGGCCAGAGUUGCCAUGAUCAUUGAUAUUUGGUUUAAUGAGGACAACCAUGAAACACGAAUAAUCAAAAGAGAAGAAUUGAGAAAAUAACUUGUUGAAAGUGACUAUUCUUUUUAAUUUAAUACAAUUACCGGAGGAGUUUGACACAAUAGAGAAAACUGUGGAGUGAACAGUCAUACCUGGCGACAUAAAGAGAAGAUAUAAGAGAAGUCCGUACGUUUCUGGCGUAUUGUUUCACUGACUCAUGGUUCUCACUUAUACCCAUCUAUUAAUCGACCGGUAAUCUCUUAACUGGAAGUCGCUUACGGUCGUUUCUUUAAAACUCUGACUCAUUUCCCUAAACCAAAGUUCACAAUGAUGCUCAAUGAAAUAUCAUUUCAACCGACGCCGACAUCAUACACGACAUCUGAAGAAGAAAACGUUAUUUAUCCUGAACCUGUGCGCACUAUGAUUGCCUUUCAUCACGGUCGCAAAAGAAAAACUGAAGUCCCGUUUAACGGUCAGGAUAGUUGACGAUAGUUUCAACUAUCAAGCGCGUUUGAACACGAACUAUCAUGCUCUAUCAUCGCAUUUCAUCAAAUAUCAUGUAGUUUGGACAUGUUCAAAUUCGACAUGAUAGUUUUUGCUGUUUGAACGAGAGGAGGAUAGUGAAUGAUGGUUAGGUCAGCAGUUUUGCCAAAAACGGGCUCAAACCGAAAUGACAAAUGGUAAAAUGACUAAAAUAGCCGUCGAAGUUCCCCAGAAUGUCUCGUAGUUAAUUCUCAUCAUUUCCUGGUAGGCUUCAGUAUCUUUAACUUGUAACUUCUUGACUAAAAUUUCAAAUGCCAAUGAAAUUGCUGACCUCAGCGUGAACCAUAUUUGUGUACAAUUACGCGAUCUCAUUGGGUGGUAUUUUGUCAACUAUCAUCGACUAUCAUGAACCGUUUGAACACAAACUUGAUAGUCAAUGAUGUGAAUGAAAGUUGAAACUAUCAUUCAGUUGUCUAUCAUCAACGAUCGUGAUCGUUUGAACGGGGCUUAAGUCAUUUGCAUCCUGUUGCAGUCGAGUGAACAUCUCUUGAUGGAAGAGAGAGUAGCGAGAAAUGUAUGUAAUGGGAAUUCACUGUCUGUUGCCGCUCCUUCGUAAAAAGGAAAGUUAAAAAGUGUUGAAGGGUCUGUGGGCUCCCGUCAUUCUUCCGCGAGCAAAUUCGUUCUUAGGAGGAAACCAAAGAGAUUCUGAAAGAAUCGAAACAGCAGUCUUGCUUAAGAAUCUUCACGAACGGCAGCAAUUACACUCUCAGCCGAUGGCUGUGUGAAUAAUAUCGAAUUCAGAAAUUACAUUCCUAGACGGGACUUACUUAUAAUGACAGGGAAUCGACCCUUGACAUACAAAUGUAUUACAAAGAGAUAGAGUCACCUACUAGGCGUAAAUAGGGGGCUGAAAUCUGAGGUCGCUACCUUGAUCACUGUAUAGGCUCUACUUUUUUCACCAGAGAGGAACUCGAUUAUUUUUUAACUGCUGUCAGUUACUUUCAUCCAGCUCUAAAAUAGAUCUGGGAAAUUUCUGACACCUCUUUGGCUUCUCUACAAGUCAAAGUUAACAGAUGACGGUCUAUGCAUUAGUGGGUGUGCUGCAGACCCACGGAGUCUCAUGGUUUUGUCAUCUUCAAAUCCAUUACAUGUCAAGAAUACCAUUCCUUAUUCUCAGUGUCUUAGGCUUCAUAGCCUAUAUAUUGACAGUUCUGAUUUUUCAAGAUAUCAGAGGCAAUAUGCCAGUUCUUCAAAAACCCGUGGCCAUCCUGCCUUUGUCAUUCAAGGGAGUCUUUAACAACUGAUCGAAAGUCGGCAAUCCACAAACGUCACAGUAGGAAGAGAAUGAUCGUAUUCCAUAUUAGCGGCACAAUCACGCAAUAAGACCUGUCCUUCUAACAAAUUUAAUUAACUUCAAAAUGAUCCAAAAACUGGUAUAUUAUUUUUGCGUAAAACGGACAACUGUUUGGUCAGUAUAAUGUUAAGACUGGCUCUACCGAUGUCAUCUAUUUCAUAACUUGCGGUUAUUUAAAAAAGUUAUACUUGGGCGAAAAGGAAGACGACCAGGGGAACGAUUCUGAAGACACCAUCGUGACGCAAAAUACAAGAAAAACAAUAUCUCUCAAAUUGGCCUCCCAUUCGUACAUUUUAUGCCAGUGUUCUUUUUAAGUAAAGGCUUUAUACAUGAGUUCAAAUGAUAAUUCUUGUGCAAACAAACAAACAAACGUUCAUUUUAAGUCGUAUUUUGUUUUUCUCCAGUUCAAACAGUAAGCACAGAAGUUUACCUGACAGCGACAAUACAGGAGAACUGUAGCAGACGUUCGGAAGUUGCUGCGAAAUUUCCAGAAAUGGUUAGAUAAUCUACUUGAUCCAUAUACUGGAGUUUAAGGAAUACUGCCAUGAGAUUUAUCAUGAAAAGUGAAACUUAAUCAAUCUGUUCUUGAAUCAAAUCUUAAUAUUUCUGUUAAAAAAAUAAGAUAUUCUGAACGAUCUUCAAUAUGUGACAAGCAUUUGAAUAUACGUUUUUUCUUCAUAUGUCCUUUUUAGGCCUGUCAAAUUGCCUUCAGGUUUGGCUGCUCAUCCGCCAACACUGUGAACACCAGGUAAGGUACAGUUUGUUGUUCUACACUGAAACAACAAAUGCAAACUCAAAUUUGCCUUCUAGUAGGAGGAGCUUUAUUUCAAUGUGUUGUAUUUUAGCUGUAAAAGUGUUUUUUUCUCCUCUAGUAAAUCUUAUUUAAUACAAGAUAAUUUAUGUUUGAAGUAUAUUGUCUUUGAUAUUGUCUUUAUUUACCUUGGUUUAAUACAUUGGUUAAAUCUCAAUAUAUUUUAACACUUAAAAAUCACCAAAGUUCGAACGUGUGCGAUGAUACUCUUUGCUCUCUCUCUCCCUCCCCCCCCUCCCCUUAUCUAGGUGUGGCAGUGUUGUUCUUGACUUUAUGAUGAGGUUCAAUCAAACUGUAGUCGUCAGCAAUGUUUUGAUUGUCCUGUCGGAUGCUGCAAGGCAAGACAAAUUCAGAGGUUUUAAAGUCAAUCCAGACUCAAUUAAACAAGUUUUAUUACCCACAGAUGGCUCGGAAAGCACAGCAAAAGGUAAAUUUUACAAAGACAUUGUUCAAUGUUUACACGUAUUCUUCCGAAGAUGGACUUUUUAUAAUUGUAUUCCGUAUCUAUUUAAUUAAACAACUUAUUCUGUGACUGAUACACUUCCAAGUUUUUGAUUUUUUCGUUGUUGUUUUAUUUAAUUAAACAAAGUCUUACUCUUAAAAAUUAUUUUAGAGAGAGUAGCACCUUACUCUUCCUUCGUACCAAGCCAAUUAGAGUUAACGUUUUCCAAAGUCUUACUCUUAAAAAUUAUUUUAGAGAGAGUAGCACCUUACUCUUCCUUCGUACCAAGCCAAUUAGAGUUAACGUUUUCCGGUCACGAACCUAUGCUAUGUAGUGAGAGCAGUGUAUCGACCAGGAUCAGUGUAAAUGUUGUUUGAAUGUUAUUUCAUCAAGCUUUGCAAAAUGAAUCAUUUUAGGUCCUGAGGAAUGUAACUGCCCAUCUAACAACGUCUUGUUGGCCAUAAUUGGGGUUCUUGCCUUCACAGUCCUUCUUCUAAUUAUUUACAUAAUCUGGCUACAUAAGAAAGGUAGGUAAAAGAAUCAUAAUCUAUGUUUGGCUGCAAGAUUCUUUUUCACGCAAAAGCAAAUUUUUACUCACGUUUACAUCAUUUGUAUUUUUUCCUUUCGUUCUUUUUCAGGCGCUGUAGGGAAACGGAGGUAAGAAUUUUCUGCUAGUUGGAUUGUGUCGAUGUAAUGUGCCCGAUAUGGUUUCAUCUUAACACAAAACUCCAAUAAAAACUGAUGAAAUUCUUAGCGUUUUAUAAUUAUUUCUAUGCUUUCUCAAUUGUAGGACUUAUGAAGAUGAGAGACCUGUUUACGACGUAAGUAAAUGAGAGGGAAAAUAUUUGUAGUUCUACAUAAAAAAAGCAUAUUGCAUCAGUGGCAGAUACAAUGAAAUAAAAGAGGAAGUUAGGCUCAAUAAGGUCUUUGUCCAGUGAUCAUGUCCUUUACCAAGCCACUCCAUGGAUUUUCCUUCGAUUGUCCCUGGUUCAACCGCUUGGUUUCACUUCACAGAUCGCUAACUGGUCUGCACCUGGUUGAUAUUUGCUUUCUAAAUAAUAGAUUUCGUGCAUUUUGGCCGUCGUAUUUUCUUGAUGCCUUAUUUUCUAAACGUGAGUUUAGGAGCUUGGUACUGCAAGAGUUGUUUCGUGCGUUUAUUUGUCAAAAUAUUGGACUACCAAUCGACAACCUUCACGUUGCAGUUUGUAGCUUCGACGAAUAUGCUAUGAGCCUUGAUCACUCUACUGGACAUGAUAGUUUCAAAAGCAGAGAACAAAAUGUUAGUAAUAAUAAGGACAAGAGGUUAUAAACUAUUUAUAAUCUCUUAUCAUGGAAGAAUAUAAACAUUUGUCUGAUAAAAAUGGGUGAACUGAUUUUUAUAACCAUGAGGUACUUUUUACUGGGAUUAAUAACAGAUUUAGAUAUGAAUACCUUAACAGUGUGUUGGUUUAAUAGAAUAAAACAUUGUUAGAAGAUAUCGAACCAAGUCUACCUGAUUCAAGAAAACUCACCCAGCCUCAUGCGGAAUACAUGGAUCUCAUAGAAGUCAACAAAGAUAAUAGAAAAGCACAAAGUACCCCUCCUGGUGCCGAUUACGUGCCGCUUCAUCCAUUAACACGCUGCUGGGAAGUUCCUAGACAUAACGUGACCAUAGAAAAAAUCAUUGGUAAAGGUGCUUUUGGUCAGGUUGCCAAGGGAACAGCAGUAGGACUUCGAGGGAGUCCUGAAACGACCACAGUGGCUAUUAAGAUGCUUAAAAGUGAGCUCUUGUACUGUAAAUUGAAUGAGUCUUGGCCUACAGGCAUUCAGGAAAUGUUACCGGGUUACUGUAAUUAUUUAGCUAUUUGCCAUUUCAUAAUUUAUGUUGUUAUUCCGACAUUUCGCAUAUUAUUCCCGUUAACAAAAUUUUACUCCUUGUUUUUAACGCUCCAGCAAACGCUACUGAAUCGGACAAGAGAGAUUUGAUGAAAGAACUUGACACAAUGAAACAGCUAAAACCACAUCCUUACGUCAUUAAACUUCUGGGAUGUGUUACUGAAUCUGGUAUGCUUUGGUUAUGCGGGUCUAAUUUUGCUGUACACAUUUUUCUUAUGAUUUACUCUGUAACACUUUCUCGUCAUUGAUAAUUUGCCUCAGUGGAAGGGUGACCGCUUCGCAAUUGAGCAAAACAAACAACCAUCGCAUAAGGUAAUUUUAUCUUGUUUUAGCCAACACAGACGUUCCUGGAUUUACUGAUAGACUAAGACCGAAUAUUUGCCACUAAACAGAUCAUUUUGUUGUAGAAGCAGAAACGCUUUUUGUAAGGGAAUAAUUGGUCUGUACUUUCUUAUGAGACCGUCGCAUAGUUUUUCUUGUUUUCAUGCGAUUUCUUCUAAAGUGUUGACCAUGACUGGGCUAUUCAUCUAUUUCAAUUACUGCUUUUUUUUUUAAAGAAAGUAACAUAUCAAUUAAAUUGUUUAAUUUCUUCAGAACAGCUGUUGGUUUUGAUUGAAUAUGUGCCUUUUGGAGAUCUGCUGGGUUACCUGAGAAAGAGCCGUGGAUUAAAAGACACUUACUACAAAGACCCGGAUAUCAAACCACAAACAAAUCUGACGUCACAGCAGCUGAUGAAGUUUGCUUGGCAAAUUGCUGAUGGAAUGAGUUACUUGUCCGCAAAAUCUGUAAGUUAGUUAAAAACACAAAAGACAAACAAUUCUAAAACCUUCUUGUAAGGCCUAUCGUCAUGUUAAGCUCUGUCUGGCAUAGAAUAUUAUGUCUUCACAAGAUCACGCCUGGGAGAUGCAGACGUAUUCUUACCGUCUUGUCAAGGCUAUUUCUUUAGGGCCAGGAACCCUCCCGAUUUUGAAGUCAUCAUACAAGUUUUAUUUCAAUGCGAGAAUGGCGAUAUUUGUGUAUCGUUGCAAGUGUACCCCAUCGAAAUAAAAUAUCUGGGUUUUUCUCGUGUAAGAAAAGGCAGAGACGUGAAGGAAUAGGAUCUUUUAAGAUAUUCAGCUUAAACUGAGUGUACAACAAAUAUCCAUUUUAGUGACAAGGAAGAAAAGGAAUUAAAACUUCAACUUAAAAAAAUCGUCUUUGGUCGCUAAACUGCUUCAUUACAGAAUCCUAUUUCGAUUAAAAUGUUAAGGUAAGCGUUCUUUGAAAUGACUACGUAUUGCAAAAAAAAGUAGUUUGCUUCUCUUUGGAAUAUGGAGCAGUUAUUGUAGUAGUUUUAAUUUUCUGCCAUCUGGAAGAAAAAGAAAUACACACACCAUAUUAUGUUGCUAGAUAUUUCUAUUUUCCUCUCUGAACCAUUUCAUUUCAGUUCUUUUUCAUCUACAAUCGCUAAUUUUUGCUGUUACAUCAAUUCUUUCUUAGAUCAUUCACCGAGACCUUGCGGCCCGUAAUGUGUUGGUUGGACAAAAGGAAAUGUGUAAAGUGACAGACUUCGGAAUGGCCAGAGAUGUGCAGCAGGAAAAUAUUUAUGAACGAAAGACAAAGGUAAUCAAGAAAAAGGGGAGGUGAGGGCGGUAUCACAUUUCGUUCAGUUUAGUGAUCUUUGACAUCAUUGUUGUGGUUGAGCUGAUAUAUUCCUGAUUUCGAUCAUGAAUUCCUUGGGACCCUAAUGAAACUAUCAGCCAUGCGUAUACGAGUACAAUUUUUAUAUAUCACUAUUUCUGACUACUCGCUUCCUAUAAUUCUCGAGCUGUUUCACAAAGUGAUAUUUAAAAUCUUUAGGGCCGUCUUCCCGUGAAGUGGACAGCUUAUGAGGCCUUAUUGUAUGGUAAAUAUACCACCAAAAGUGACGUGUAAGUAUACCUGAUUUUAACCCGUAGCAGUUUAUCAAAAAUUUUAUCAAUUUUAAUCAGGACUUGAAUUCUAGUGAUGCUUUGUCAAAGAAUACAUUUAUUUUAUUCGUCGUAUAUACUGUUUAUGUCUAUAGUCACUUAAUUUAUAUUCGUUUGAUUUGUCUUUCUGCAGAUGGAGUUAUGGAGUUCUAUUAUACGAAAUUUUCACCAUAGGUAACAUCGAAUGGAGUUUUAUGAGGCUCUGUAGAUGUUUUUUGCUUUAUACCAUGUUUAAUUAAACAAUGUAUCGUGUUCAGUCAGACAAACGUAAUGAGCUUCAAACUACAUCUAGUGACAAAGGUGGUGUUUCAUUGAAGGUCGUUUUUUUUGUCACAUUUAUAUUUCGAUGGUCUUGUGGUUCUUCCAGGCGGUUCACCUUACCCACGAAUGGAUGGAAGAAAAAUUGCAAACUUACUCCAGGAUGGAUACAGGAUGCCUAAACCACAACACGUCGAUGAAAAAUUGUAAGUUUACUUCAUUUACUUGCUCUCCCUCGUCGUACAAGGAAACAUUCUUUAAAUCUUUAACAGAUUAUUUGAAUAAUACCAGGUAUCAGAUCAUGAUGAAAUGCUGGAAGAAUGACCCAGACUCAAGACCAACUUUCACUGAAUUGAAAAAUCAGCUUAAGGACAUGGAAACCCUACACAAGGUCAGAAUUUUUAUCAAUAUGAAAGUUUUUUUUCACGUAAGACCGACUGGCUAAGGCUCAGCUAAUUAGGGUUAAAAGUAACAGCAUUGAGCUUAAAUAGCGUCUCAAUGACAAUUGAAUGUCUCAAUGACAAUAAACACCUUAUGGUUAUUUAAAAGAUCAUAGGAUGAUUGCAAAACUGUAUUGUGAGACGCACAAAGAGUAGCAGACGACGACGCCAUAAAAUAUUUCCUCCUUGAAUUUGUUUUGGUGUGAAAACCUGACCACUUGUGAGGAUAACCACUUAAAACUUUUUUAAUGAUGCUGAUUAUUAUAUUAUUUUUCUCUGCAGAAGCUAAUUGACAUGAAAAUGUACGACAAGCAAUUGUAUGCAAACGUCGAGGAUUGA